AUGACAGUGCGGAAUAAUUUUGACAACUUUCACCUUUCCACUUCCACUUCAUCUACAACAAAUGGAAUGCAAAAUGAAAGCAGUGGAGUUGAAUUAUUCCAUCAAACAAAUCCUUCUAAUGACUUAUUAAGUCCAUUUCUUAGCAAGAAACAAACUUCUGAUUACCGCCUUGCAUCUGAUCGAAAAAUCGAUUCUGACUUGGAUUAUGUGGAAGAAAAUACAUUUCUGCAGUCAGACCCAGCAAUUGAAAUAGCAUUCGACGAUGAUGAAAGUAUCAUAAGUAUUUCUAAAAGUUGGUAG